GGCACGAACCAACGCGGAACCGGCUUUUCUUCUUUCCUACAGCGUGAUUGGUCCUCGGAUCAGGGAAGCGACCAAUGAGAACGCUCGGGAGAGCGGCGAGGCUAAUAUGGCUUCCAGCACCUGGUGACGGUUGAGGAAACUGAGUUAGAGCUCAUGGAGAAACCCCAGAGCACUGAGGAGACUCCCUCUUUAGAACCAAUGGAGGAAGAAGAAGAAGAAGAUGAUGACCUAGAGCUGUUCGGUGGCUACGACAGUUUCCGGAGUUACAACAGCAGCGUGGGCAGUGAGAGCAGCUCCUAUCUGGAAGAAUCGAGUGAAGCGGAAAAUGAAGAUCGGGAAGCAGGGGAGCUGCCCACCUCCCCGCUGCAUUUGCUCAGCCCUGGGACUCCCCGCUCCAUGGAUGGCAGUGGGUCUGAGCCAGCUGUCUGUGAGAUGUGUGGUAUCGUGGGCACGAGGGAAGCCUUCUUCUCCAAGACCAAGAGGUUCUGCAGCGUCUCCUGUUCCCGGAGCUACUCCUCCAACUCCAAGAAAGCCAGCAUCCUGGCUAGAUUACAGGGAAAACCGCCCACCAAGAAAGCCAAAGUCCUGCACAAGGCGGCCUGGUCUGCUAAAAUUGGAGCCUUCCUCCACUCCCAAGGGACAGGACAGCUGGCAGAUGGGACACCAACAGGACAAGAUGCUCUGGUCCUGGGUUUUGACUGGGGGAAAUUCCUGAAGGAUCACAGCUACAAAGCUGCACCCGUCAGCUGCUUUAAACACGUCCCACUGUAUGACCAGUGGGAAGAUGUCAUGAAGGGGAUGAAGGUGGAGGUGCUCAACAGUGAUGCCGUGCUCCCCAGCCGGGUGUACUGGAUCGCCUCUGUCAUCCAGGUGGCCGGGUAUCGGGUGCUGCUCCGGUAUGAAGGCUUUGAAAACGAUGCCAGCCACGACUUCUGGUGCAACCUGGGCACCGUGGAUGUCCACCCUAUCGGCUGGUGUGCCAUCAACAGCAAGAUCCUGGUGCCCCCUCGGACCAUCCACGCCAAGUUCACCGACUGGAAGGGUUACCUCAUGAAGCGGCUGGUGGGCUCCCGGACUCUGCCUGUGGAUUUCCACAUUAAGAUGGUGGAGAGCAUGAAGUACCCCUUUCGACAAGGCAUGCGCCUGGAAGUCGUGGACAAGUCCCAGGUGUCACGGACCCGCAUGGCUGUGGUGGACACAGUGAUCGGGGGUCGCCUGCGGCUCCUCUAUGAGGACGGUGACAGUGAUGAUGAUUUCUGGUGUCACAUGUGGAGCCCCCUGAUCCACCCCGUGGGUUGGUCACGGCGCGUCGGUCAUGGCGUCAAGAUGUCAGAGAGGCGAAGCGACAUGGCCCAUCACCCCACCUUCCGGAAGAUCUAUUGUGACGCCGUCCCUUAUCUGUUCAAGAAGGUACGAGCUGUCUACACAGAAGGUGGCUGGUUUGAAGAAGGCAUGAAGCUGGAGGCCAUCGAUCCCCUGAACCUGGGUAACAUCUGCGUGGCGACCAUCUGCAAGGUCCUCCUGGACGGCUACCUGAUGAUCUGUGUGGAUGGGGGACCCUCCACCGACGGCUCCGACUGGUUCUGCUACCACGCCUCCUCCCACGCCAUCUUCCCAGCCACCUUCUGCCAGAAGAAUGACAUCGAGCUCACGCCUCCUAAAGGAUGUGAGACCCAGACUUUUGACUGGGAGACCUAUCUGGAGAAGACCAGCUCCAGAGCAGCUCCGUCGAGACUCUUCAACAUGGACUGCCCCAACCAUGGCUUCAAGGUGGGCAUGAAGCUGGAGGCGGUGGACCUGAUGGAGCCCCGGCUCAUCUGCGUGGCCACAGUAAAGCGGGUGGUGCACCGGCUGCUCCGCAUCCACUUCGACGGCUGGGACAGCGAGUACGACCAGUGGGUGGACUGCGAGUCCCCGGACAUCUACCCUGUGGGCUGGUGCGAGCUCACCGGCUACCAGCUCCAGCCACCCGUGGCCACAGAACCGGCCACACCUCUGAAGGCCAAGGAGGCCACAAAGAAGAAAAAGAAACAAUUUGGGAAGAAAAGGAAAAGAAUCCCCCCAGCCAAGCCCCGGGCCCUCAGACAGGGCUCCAAGAAGCCCCUGCUGGAGCACGAGCUGCAGGCUGCGGGGAAGGUUGCGUCGCAGCCCGGGCCUGACGAGAGUAAGAGCCGUCGGGGGUCGAGGCAGGGCCGGCCUGCGCUGCACCCCGAGGUGACCCCUCCGUCCCGACCUGGACACAGAAGAGAGAGCCGAGUCAUUGCCAUGUGUGUAAAGGAGGAGCACCUGGACACAGCCUCGCCUGAUGAGAUGCCCAGUCCGGAGCUGCCUGUGCCCGUGGAGAGUAUCAAGCAGGAGAUGGAUGGCUGAGCUGCCCUGGCGCCCGGAGA